UGGUGGAAAGGUGGACAACGGAGUCAUACCAUAUAUGGUAAAGAGUAGAAAUCCAGCUUUGCUAAGGUACACGUGCCAUAAAAGCCGGCUUCACUUCUUUUAGACCACUGUCUUUCGAAGAGGUGUUCGUGUUCACUCUGUGGAAUAGUUUCGUUUAGUGUUCUUUCCUCUAACCAAUAAAUAAUCAUGUGUGACGACGAUGUUGCCGCUCUUGUUGUAGACAAUGGAUCUGGUAUGUGCAAAGCUGGCUUUGCUGGUGAUGAUGCACCCAGGGCUGUCUUCCCAUCCAUUGUCGGCCGACCCCGUCAUCAGGGCGUCAUGGUUGGUAUGGGGCAGAAGGACAGUUACGUAGGCGACGAAGCUCAAAGCAAAAGAGGUAUCCUCACUCUGAAAUACCCCAUUGAACACGGUAUUGUAACAAAUUGGGAUGAUAUGGAGAAGAUCUGGCAUCACACCUUCUACAACGAGCUCAGGGUUGCCCCCGAAGAACACCCAGUUUUACUUACUGAAGCUCCACUGAAUCCCAAGGCAAACAGGGAAAAGAUGACCCAAAUAAUGUUUGAAACAUUCAACACUCCAGCUAUGUAUGUAGCUAUUCAAGCUGUCCUGUCUCUGUAUGCUUCUGGUAGAACCACAGGUAUUGUCUUGGAUUCAGGAGAUGGUGUAUCUCACACUGUACCCAUCUAUGAAGGUUAUGCUCUGCCUCAUGCUAUCCUUCGUCUUGAUCUUGCUGGUCGGGAUUUGACAGAUUACCUUAUGAAAAUCCUUACUGAAAGAGGCUAUUCUUUCACCACCACAGCCGAAAGAGAAAUUGUCCGUGACAUCAAAGAAAAGCUGUGUUAUGUAGCCUUGGACUUUGAACAAGAAAUGGCUACUGCUGCUUCCUCUUCCUCCCUAGAAAAAUCUUACGAGCUUCCUGAUGGUCAGGUAAUUACAAUUGGAAACGAACGAUUCCGUUGUCCCGAGGCUCUCUUCCAGCCAUCCUUCCUGGGUAUGGAAUCUUGCGGUAUUCACGAGACCACUUACAAUUCCAUCAUGAAAUGCGAUGUUGACAUCCGUAAGGAUCUCUAUGCUAACACUGUCUUGUCCGGAGGUACCACCAUGUAUCCAGGUAUUGCCGAUCGUAUGCAGAAGGAGAUCACCGCCCUUGCACCUAGCACCAUGAAGAUCAAAAUCAUUGCCCCACCAGAGAGGAAAUACUCUGUCUGGAUCGGAGGUUCCAUCCUAGCUUCCCUGUCUACCUUCCAACAGAUGUGGAUCUCUAAGCAGGAAUAUGAUGAAUCUGGCCCAAGCAUUGUCCAUCGUAAAUGCUUCUAAAAAAAUAAAACUUUAAAAAAUUGAAUAACAGCUGCACAGAACUGCUCAUGUUCUUCCCCCUUCCCCAAAGAAAUUUUAGUUGACUUUUCCUCUGGUAAAGACUGCUGCAACAUAAGGUAUUAAAAAAAAAAUUGUACAGUUGUGAUACUGUUCCUGAAGCAAAAUUGCCAAGACCGAAUCGUCAAGUGGCCACUCUUCCUUAGUGCUGCACGUUGGACUCGUACAAAAUUUACUUACUGCUGUACCAGUCUUUUGUCUAGAUGUAUUUAUAAAUUGUGUUGUAUACUGAGUUUAAAUACAGGCGUUUGUUUACUUUUA